AUGAGUGUCCAGGCCGUUUCAAAUGUCGAGUCCUUCGAUAUCAAGGUUAUUCCAGAUCCACCGGCUCUCGACGGAACCCUCAUUGAGUCUGGAGACAGCUGGGAGUUCAGCAUCGGUCAAGCACGGUCGCCUUUGACGGCCAGCACAGCUCCAGAAGAUGCGGCGUAUCGAGCCCAAUGCUUACGAGCCCUGACGAUAGGGCUCUCAAGAUCCCACGACAGACUCGGCAAAGCGUUCGGCGACCAUACUAUGUGGGUCCCAGCCAAGAAUGAAGUCAGCAUGGAUAAAUAUCUCGUAAGUUCGAACAGAGAUCCAUCAUCUUCGUAUGGUUAUCUGUUCCGACUGCGAACACAAUACACAAAUGCACAACUCCAGUUGAGAGGCCGAUAUUGUGCAAAUUCAAAAGAAAAGUUUUUGAAUAUGUGCCUCCAGGUGCACACCCUGGCAAUCCGAUUGAUCAUCAAUAGGAUGAUGGCGGCCAACCAUGUCGCACAUAUACGAGUGGAAGGCCGCAACAAUCAAGCGGUUGAACUCGAAGUGCGACUGAAGCGGUGGGAUCAACAACUCGGUCGAAAACUGGCCAAAUUCUGCUCCCGGCAUCCCUGGCUCAAGCUCGAUUUCGAGAACACUUUCAACGCGACCAGGCAGAAAAGCCGCUUAUACGAAGAGACUUUGAUAUUCCUGCCGGACCUCAACGGAAAAGUUAUCAGCAGGUUGUCCGACAUUCCAGCAACAGGUGUGGACUGUCCAAUUUGCACGGAGGACCUGUACGUGGGCCCCUCAGAUGACUUGGUGGAGGAGCAACCCGUACCAGAUCAAGAAUUGGUGCCGGUUGUAUCCAUUAACAAUCCUUCGAGCCAGACUCGCCUUGGAGGUAUUUUCAAGUACAUGGCCGCGGGACUCUGGCCAUUGCAAGGAGUCGCAACAACGAAACUGCGAGGAAUCAUGGAGGAUGUCGCCAGAGUUUUCUGGCGACCGGACCUGGGGACCGACAGCACUCCAAUCUCACCUCCAACGCCAGUCCUGCGAUAUAACUACACAAAGGAAUGCACCUUCAGCUGCAUCAAGCAGGCCAACAUCGACUUUUGGGACGCGUUGGACAGCGAAGACAACGCGCUGCCGAAGCCCGUCUUCUGCCGGGAUUGCCAGAAUGGCUUCCACGCCGAGUGUCUUGACCAGUGGGUCAACGGAGAUGAAGACGGUUUCAAGCUGGAUUGCCCCUUUUGCCGCACUCCGUUCUCCCCGGACUUUGUGGAGACGAAGAUCUGA